UUCCUUUUUCCUUCUUCCUUUUUUUUUUUUCUCUCUUCAUCUGGAGAACCCAAAUCGAAAACCUAGUUUGGGUUCUCCGAGAGAACUCAAGGAGAACCCCGAUAAGAACUCAACCUAGCAUCCACCACUCUGUUUCCGCCAUGAGUAUUGUUCAACAAAAUCUUCAUGUUGCAGUGUUCCCAUGGCUGGCUUAUGGCCACAUCCUCCCCUUUCUCGAAGUCUCCAAAUUCUUAGUUCAAAUGGGUCAUCGAGUAUCCUACAUCUCCACUCCCAAAAACAUCAGCCGCCUCCCAAAAUUCCCUACCGAAUUAUACCCCAAUUUGAGUUUUGUACGACUUCCCAUGCCUCAGGUUGAGGGGCUGCUGCCGGGGUUCGAGUCCACUGCCGAUAUUCCGGUUCACAAAGUGCCUUACCUCAAGAAGGCAUAUGACAAUCUCGAAACGCCUUUGGCUGACUUCCUCAAAACCUCACUGGUAGAUUGGAUUAUCCAUGAUUUCGCGCCGCAUUGGUUACCACGAAUUGCUACUCCAAUGGGGAUCAACUUGGCCUUUUUCAGCGUUUACAGCGCUUCCUUCGUCGCUUUUUUGGGUCCCCCAGACAAGCUAAUUGGAGGCCACCUGCAGCGCCCAGAGGACUUCACCGUCAUGCCUGAAUGGAUUGAUUAUCCUUCUAAUAUAGCUUUCAAGCUCCAUGAAAUAGUGAAUGUCAAGCAGGGUAUGGACCAAGACGUCGAAGAUCCAAUCAGGUGGGCAUCCGUCGUUCAAGGUUGCCAAGUUGUGACUCUGAGGAGUUCCACUGAGUUUGAACCGGACCCGCUUCGUUUGCUUCCUGGGCUUUUGCAGAAACCAGUUGUACCGAUUGGGUUGCUGCCGCCGUCAGUGACGUCGGCACCACCUGACGAAGACAAUGAAGACGACACGUGGAAAUCAUUGAGAAAGUGGCUUGAUGGUAAAAAUCCGAAAUCGGUUUUUUACAUCGCACUCGGCACCGAGGUGGCUCUGAGUCCGUCGUUGUCGCACGAAGCAAUCAAGGCUUGGCCUGAAAAACACAUGGUCUCACUGGUGACAAACCUUUGGAUCCAAAAUUCAGUAUUGACUCCAAACCAAACCACAAACCAUGCUAGCAUUAAGAGCAAAAUUAUCUAUCGAGACACAAUUCCUGUCAUAUUCAUAAGCAUCACAUCCCUGUUUGUGCAUAACAAGUCAUUAUUGUACUAAUGGUAUAGUCCUCAAGAAAUGAUAUUUGCAUUUAUAUAUACAUAUUUACCUGGUUCCUACGAGAAUAAAUGCUUAGGACAUUUUACCAGUGUUUAGGCUUCUGAGAGCUAAAAUUUAUCAGCCAUCAACUUGUGUAAACUCCAGGGCAUUUGCAUCAGGAUCUCUUGUAAAGAUUGCUGGCCUUCCAGAUUUGCUA